CUGGCAACGAACACCGCACCACGCCGCGUGGCCCAAAGAGCUCGCCCCCAGGAUAAGAGACAUGCGCGCCAAGCUCGCCGUGCUCGCCGCCGGCGCCCCUCCGCCGCCGCGCCCCCAGUACCGCUCGCCGCGCCAUCGCCUGCGCCACAGAAUUCCCCGCCGGCCGCUCAGACCAACCCGCUCUCUUUCCGGCGGCGGACGCGGACCGCCGCCGCCGCCCCCGACCCCAGCUUCGAGGCGGCGGCGCGCCUGGCCGGCCGGCUCGGCGGCGCUCUUCGGCACGGGGUUCCUCCUGGGCCCGAUCCUCGACGGCAUCCACUCCCGCGUCGGCCUCCAGGUCUACGGCAACGGCGCCCUCGACGUGGGCCCCCUCCACACCCACGUCCUGGUGCCGCCCCUGCUCGGCGCGUUCUACCUCACCGUCGGCCUGCUCCACCUGGCCAUCGACGCGAGCGCGGCGCCGCCCAAGUCCAAGGCCACCGGGAGCGCCCAGACGACGGCGACGUCGCUGCUUGUUCUUGCUCUGUUCAUCGAGCUGAGCGCGGAGCUGUACGGGCCAGGGGUGCCCAGCAACGUGGAGGCCUACGCCCUGUUCGCCGGCGCCGAGUUCGUGUGGCUGUUCCUCGACGGCUCCUGGCUCGGCUUCGCCCUCGCCUGCCUCGUCGGCGCCGUCUGCCCCCUCGCCGAGAUCCCAUUGAUCAAAUUGCUUGGGUGCUGGAGCUAUCCGAACGCCGACGUCCACCUGCUCGGCGAGGGGCUCGUGAGCUGGACGACGACGUGCUACUUCGUCUACACCCCGUUCCUGGCGAACCUGGCGAGGUGGCUCGACUCGCGGCUGUCGUCAGCGGCCGAAGGCGGCGCCGGCGCCGAGGGAGACGACGAAGCAGGCCCGUCGUGACACCGGGAACAUCACCACGCUCGUGGCAUCCAGCUCCGUUCACCUUGCUUGCAGCAUUCCUAACAGAAUUGAAAAAAAAACAUUGUGAUCGUCCUCAAGAGUUCGCGGCGCUGCGAGGCGCCAAGUGUCACGGUGGUUGUUGGACCGAUCAUGCCGUGCGAAGGUUCUCCGAGCAUGUCGAGAUUGCUGGGAGAGUAUCCCGGGCUGUUCCGGCAAGCGUCUGACGGCGACACGGCCUUGAUUUCUUGGUGGCCGCGCGGAUCCCGGCCGGAGGGAGAAGAGAACGACGGGCGCGGUUGUGCGUAACUUUUGUGGCGACGGCCUGAAAGCAUGCCGAAUUGAUGACCAAUAGGAUUUGUCUUCAGGGAAGACUGUCCAGGGAGAUGUAUGUUUAAAACUGAGGCAUACUGCGAACCACCUACUGAAUUCUGUUGUGUUUGGGAUUCACUGCUUCUUAAUUUGUAUUACGGAAAUGCUAAGACAUAGAAGUCCGGACAGGAAAAAAAAUCGGACGCUCCAACAUAUGUUUCAAUAGUUGAUCAUCUGUUGCAACUAUUAUUUCCGCAUGUUUCAUGGUGAAUGUUGCAUGAAACAUGGUGUUCCUGUUGCGGCGGGGAAUUUUCAUAUCCGAGAGUUAAACUACUUAAUUAGUUUUUGUGCAUACUUUUCAAUGUUA